CCAAGACUCUAAUGGAGUAUGGCUCCGCGAGGGAAAGCAGGACAGGUGCAAGGCCACUUUUGGCUACAUCCUUCCCAUAUAUAAGACACCGAAAGUAAGGGGGAGGGUCGUCUUUACCAGGAAACCUUGAAUCUGGACGGACAUAAACAAGAUGGCAGACGACUUUGGCUCACAGGUGAAAAAAGUGGCUGUGGCCAUGGGCGCUUCCCUCACGGACCAGGACAUUAACCGCAUGCCACGGGAGAUGAGAAAGCAAGGCAACUUCAACUACAGCAAGUUUUUGGAGUACAUGAGGCAAUUCAAGACUUCAGAGCAACAGGAGGCUGCUAUCAAAAAGGCCUUCCAGAUGCUGGACAAAGACUGCAGUGGCUACAUAGAGUGGAAUGAGAUCAAGUAUAUUCUGUCCACUGUGCCAAAUGCAACCCCCUCAGCGCCUCUUUCCGACGAGGAAGCCGAGGCCAUGAUCCAAGCAGUCGACACGGAUGGAGACGGACGCAUUGACUACAAAGAGUUCUCAGACAUGGUGAAGAUGGACAAGAAACCGAGAAAGUAGAGGUCACGUGGUUCAUCUGCUCUCCGCAGUGUUACUUAAACAAGAGUGUGUGUGGGAGAGAGUUUGAGAGAGAGAGAGAGACAGCAAGAGGGAGUGAGGCCCUGCAUACCAGUUUGACCCUCCUUGACGAAUGCUCUUCCUCCUGUGGAUUGAAAAGCAUCCAGGCAUCGGGCUGGUGUGAGGAGUAUUGUUGUUACCAGUGGUUGUGACACAGAUUCACAGAAAGCAGGGAAGGGGGUGGGUGGUAUGAAUACUUGGUUUAAAGUUGAGUAUUGGGGUAUUUAAUUGGUUGAAUGACCUAUAUUUUCUCUCAUUUGUAUGUUCUUCUGUCAUUUUUAGAAGCGGUGUAAAAAUGCAGCGUGAUUAUGUUGCUCACACUCCCAGCCUUUUCUUAUUUAUGCACUUUUGUUUGUCUGUUAGAAUUUAAGAGUACGUGUUAGCACGCACACUUGCCAUUUGGCUGUGUAUUUUCUCACUAAGGCAUCACGCCAGCCCAGAAUACAAGAGCAUACAUAAAAAUAUAAACUCAACACACACUGAGGACGACUGCUGUUGUUGACUCUCCUAACUUUUUUCCACUUUUGUGCCCUUCUGUUCCACCGGACCUGACCAAGAAACACCAAGAGACAAACCGAGAAUAAAUCCCCAAACCACUGAGAAAAAUCACAGUUUAUUUUUAUACAGAUUUUAAAAGGUCAAAA